AUGCCCGGAGCCGAUGACUGCUGGACAGAUCACCGGCUACUCAUCACAAAACUAAAACUAACCAUCAAAAGGAAGCCACGUAACAUCCAACAAAAUGAAGCCAGAAGAUAUGACACUGGCAAAUUAAAAGAUCCUGAUACAUCACGAGCUUUCCAAGCAGCAAUCCAGCAGAACCUACCAGCCAGAGAACUUUCAGUCGACGCUGAAUGGACUAACAUACGAGAUGCCAUCAAUGAAACUGCAAGAACCAUAAUCGGCUAUCAGAGCAAACAGCACCAGGAUUGGUUUGACGACAAUGACAAAGAUAUUGAGGCCCUCAUUAACACCAAACGGAAAGCCCGAAUUGCCCAUGACCAAGACCCUAAUUCCCAACCAAAAUGGCUAAAUAUGCACAAGCAAAGUCACAGUGUCAAGCCAGGCUUCGUGAAAUACAAAAUGAGUGGUGGCAACAAAUGGCUCAAGACCUACAAGGUUAUGCUGACACACACUGCUGCAGGGACACUUUUGGCAGCGGACAACACCAUCCUCACGGAAGACUAUGAGAUCCAGAACCGUUGGGUAGAACACUUCAAUACCCUCCUGAACAGGAACUCAUCAGCCCAACAAGACUUCCUCCGAAAUGUACCACAACACCCACCCCAACUAUGGAUGUCCCUACCACCAACAUUUCGAGAAUUUGAUGCAGCACUGAAACAAAUGCGCCAUGGGAAGGCCGCGGGACCGGACAACAUUCCUACUGAAUUCCUGACCCACGGAGGUUUAGUUCUGAAGACGCGCCUUCACUCCCUCAUACUAAAAGCAUGGGAAGAAAAACAGGCUCCCAAUGAUUGGAAAGACGCACUCCUUGUCACCAUCUUCAAAAAAGGAGAUAGAAGAGAAUGUGGGAAUUAUAGAGGGAUAUCCUUGCUAUCAAUUGCAGGGAAGAUCUUGGCAAGGAUCCUACUAAAUAGAUUACAAAUUGUAGCAGAAAUAAUCUUGCCAGAAUCCCAAUGUGGUUUCCGCCCGUCUAGAGGAACCAUAGACAUGAUUUUCUGUGCUCGCCAACUACAGGAAAAAUCAAAAGAACAGCAAAAACCCAUAUUCCUAAUUUCUACGACCUCGGCAUUCGACAGUGUACCAAGAACAGCCAUGUGGUCUGUCCUCAAUCGCUUCGGAGUCCCUGAGCCUUUUGUUGACAUGAUCAAAGCCCUACAUGAUGGGAUGACAGCUAAAGUAAUCCAUCAAAGUAACCUGUCAGCCCCUUCCCAAUCACAUGUGGACUAA